AUGCGGAUCAGCCAGCGAAAAUACGCUGAAAUCUAUGAGGUUUUAUCGUUGACUUUGGUGAUAUUUGCCGCCUUCUUCGUGAUCUCAAAUAUCGCAAAGUUAAAAUUACCCGUCGUCAGCAAUGUUUACCUGGAUGAUCGGACACAGACCUUUUGGGUCAAUUUUCUAUAUAACAAUACGACCGUCAUGAUCCAAUUUAUAUCGAUUAUAACAAAUCCGAUAGCCAUAUAUUUAACGGCGAUAAAUCGUAAAAUUGUAUGGCCCGUUCGGCUUCUCCUCAUCUCCGAGGCGUUCGGCCGCUUCAUGAUGUCGUUGAGCCAGAUGUUUUUGUUUGGCGGAAUUGUUUUGGUCAACUUCUGCACGGCCACCGGUCUGACCUCGUUGAUCCCGAUUUUUGUGCAAGUACUCUUCUUCGGGUCAACGCUGUGGGAGAAUCUGAUGACGCUAUCCACUGGGAUCCGUCUGGCACAAUAUUUUGUGUCGUUGGGCCGCUUCAUCGCCCUCUCAUUCAACGGCCGAUAUUUCCCUUACGCCCUCAAGUUUCCCUACGCCCAGCUGAUCCUACCGUACACCUUAUCCCUAUUCCUCCGACUCGCUCGAGUUUUCCACAUUGAUCUGGGCUCGUUUCCUGAUUACCUUGAAGAUAUACUACUCUCAAAAGCGGCAUCAAUGGACUUUUUUGCUUACAGGAAGCUGAAAACGCACUCCUUUUGCGGCUUC